CAGCGAGAGCAGCAGCGGAGGAGCACUGUGCCGCACCCUUUCUACACCUCCUGGGACUCACAGAGCGCGGAUCACUGCGCACAGGUAACAACCGCUCAAACUACCGGAAGCAAGGCGAAAGUGCCCCGCACAGGUGACGGAGACUGCUCACCGAGUUUGAGUUUGUGGGACUAAAAGGAAAAAAGCUGGAGUGGAUCCUCAAUAGAAACAGAAAAAAAAACAACAACAUUGGCUUUUUAUUUUUACUGCUUCUGUUGCAUUUUAUUUCCUCUCUGCGCUCAGAGGGCGUCGGGAUUGUGACCUCAGGUACGACAGCACAUUGUUUUCUCAACUCGACGAGGACUCCGAGCUUGAUAUUCUGGAUAAUCGAGUUCACACACACGGGGAAAGAUUGGAGACGUGACCCCGGUGUCCCAGUCAGCUCUGCGGUAAAGGCCUCAGACUUCAACCUGGAUCCCUCCCCUCCUCACCUGUCCAGCUGAUGGCAUGCCGAUCUCCAGCCCACCAGACAGGGCGAGUCUGAAUGGCGCCCUAGUCCUCCCCCUCUGCUUCCUGUCUGCACCUCGGCUCUCGUCUUCCUCCUCCUCCUCCUCCUCCUCCUCAACUCUUCUCUGAUCGCACAUCCGCCACAUAUCUCAACAUGGAUACGGUGACCGAGGACAAAGAGGGAUGCUACUUCAACCGUUCUGUCAAAUUCUUCUAUGAGGAGAGUGGCAAGAACAUCAGCGACCACUGGCGCAAACGUGACUAUGUGAUCGUCACGCUGGGCAUGACGGUCUGCUUCAUUGUCAUCUUUUCCAACCUUUUGGUCAUAGGGGCCAUUUUAAAAAACCGACGCUUUCACUUUCCUAUCUACUACCUGUUGGGUAACCUGGCGUUGGCAGACCUCUUCUCAGGUAUCUCCUACCUCCACUUGAUGUUUCAUACCGGUCCUUGGACCAUUAAGCUGUCUAAGCACCAGUGGUUUGUGCGGCAGGGGCUGAUCGACACCAGUCUGACAGCCUCCGUCCUCAACCUCCUGGCCGUGGCCGUGGAACGCCACCAGACCAUCUUCAACAUGCAGCUGCACAGCAAGAUGAGCACCCGGCGGGUCUUCAUCAUCAUACUGUUCAUCUGGCUGGUGGCGAUAAUCAUGGGCCUGGUUCCCACCAUGGGCUGGCACUGUCUCUGUGACCUGCCGAACUGCUCCACCAUGGCCCCGAUGUACAGCCGCAGCUACUUGGUGUUCUGGGCCCUUCUCAAUCUGCUGACCUUCUCCAUCAUGGUGGCCGUCUACACCCGGAUAUUUGUCUACGUGAGGCACAAGAGCAAGCAGAUGUCGCAGCACACCUCCCAGAUGAGAUACAAGGAGACGGUGCUCAACCUGAUGAAGACCGUCUCCAUGAUCCUGGGCUGUUUUGUGGUCUGCUGGACGCCCGGCCUGGUCGUGCUGCUGCUCGACGGUCUGGGCUGUGAAAAGUGUAAGGUGCUACGCUACGAGAAGUACUGCCUGGUGCUGGCCGAGUGCAACUCCUUCGUCAACCCCAUCAUCUACUCCUUCAGGGACAAAGACAUGAGGAGGACCUUCAGGGACAUCCUGUGCUGCCUGUUCCAGCGCAGCAGCAACCACCAGGGCAACUCUGGAGCUCACUUUAACACCCUGGAGCACGAGAACUAUAAGUCUCGUACUGCUGAGCCAGUAGAGAAGAGCAACGGGACGCCUCUCAUCCACGAAGGCUCAGAAGACUUACCUGCCUCUUCAGAAAACUGGAAUUAACUUGAGCAACAAUAAACUUUCAACAGACACAGAAGAAGAGCAUGCACACACUUGACAGUGAAAUGUACAGAUCUGUGUAUGCACACAUAAACAAGCCUCAAGGCCUGUUUCUCCUCAGCAGGCGGACUGUUGUGGCAGGAUCAAAAACUGUCGAUUUUUACCUCUGCUGCCAGAGGACAAGAGUUUUUUUUCUGCUUGUGUCUAAGCUGAGAAGAAUUGAUGAACAUCUAGUAUCAUUUGGCCGAUGAUGUUGCACGAAUCUUCUAAUUUAAACGGACGCAAGUGGCUCAUUUGUACUCCGCAGACAUAGAGAGGAAAACUCCACAUCACUGGGCCAUUUACACAACGUGGGGGAUGCUGACAUUUCCUGUUUGGACAUAAACAACCUGCCAGUUUUUUUCCCCUAACGCAGCACAGACGGCUGCUGAACAACUGGAGCAUGUUGGCAGUGAGAGGAAGAAAUGACUCAAAGUGUGUGGACUGUUAAAUAGCAGAAAUAUGUGCCCUUUGGAGUGCCACAGUUGGCUUAGUGUGUGUGUGUGUGUGUGUGUGUUUGUGUGUACUCAUUUGCCAGUUUAUUAGACACAGGUUAUAAUGUUGAGCUCUUGAUGUAACUGCUUUAGAGAGGCGUUUAUUCAACUGUAUGAUCAUUUCAGAGGCUGCGUUAUACAGAAAGCUGUUUCCAUUAUUUAGCCUCCCCUCAUUGAUAUAAAUGGGUUGGACAAAAUAAUAGAAACACCUGUCAGUAAAAUAGAAUAAAUGAAUUGCAGCCCUCCAAAAUGAUCUUACAGGUGAAUCAGCACCUAUGUAGAACAGUUUAAACACAAACUGACUUUUAGGGAGGAUUUAUCACAGGACUGCUUUAGUUAUAGGUCGGUGUACCUAAUAAACUGGUGACUGGGUGUGUAUAGACUUGAAAUCUGAUUUUGCCAGGGUUCAUGUGCUCAUAAGACACUGCACAAAUGCCACUGAACCUCAUGGAGGAGACCCAGUACCACUCUACUCCAUACUUUCAUAAAUUUGUUAAUUCUUAAUAAAUCAUUGUGUAGUGCUUUAUUGAUUACUCAUAGGCUGUUCUUAUGAGCAACAUUUGGGUUGCCAGGUUGUGAAAAACUUGCUCAGUGUUUUAACAAGCUCUUAAAUUCAUGAAGGAAUAACUUCUUAUGGCAGUUUGGACAUUUGCAAAGCUUCACAGCAUCCAGACCAAAAUCCAUUUAUGAAGAACAUAAUAUUUACUGUUGCUGCUUUUUCCUCAAAUGUAUCGUCCAAUGACCUUUUUAAGCCCUAUUCAGGCCUUUUCUUGGCCUCCUGGUUGCAGUCAGUCAAUAUGCCUUCAGGCCCGUGUUAUGUCAGGUGCAUGUGCCUCAUCAUACCUUUUGCAAGUUUUUUUUUUUUUUUUUUUUUAAUUGCCCGCCACCAAUUAAGUUUAUCAGUAGUGCCAUGAAUGUUAGUUAGUUUGAUUUGAUCAUUAAAAUACUGAAGACCUCAUGGAUCAUUUACUACAGAUGUAAUGUCAAAUUUGUUGGUGUUCUAUUAAGUUUUAAACUCGUGACCAUCGCUUUGCUCACGUUAAUCAUCAAGAUGAAUUAAAGAACUAACUACAAAGAUUAAAAUAGAGCAGAUUAUUCUGAAAGACGAUAAACACCAACCAACGUCACAACCUAGCAACAAAAGUUAUUAAUAUUAAUGGCUUAUUGCUGAUCUAAAAGCAUUAUUAAAUAAUUUAUUAACGUUAUCCUUAAUUAGAAUUCAUAGCGCUGUUUUAAAGUGCAUCUUGUAAAGGCUCAAGUAUUUCUCUUUAAAGCCCCCUCCCCCAUUUACUUGUUGACCAUUUAGAAUCAUCAUCUUUGGUUUAUGAUUCUGGUUAAAUUGUUACAAAAUUUUAAAUGUAGGAUAUUUGAAGUUUUUACCCCAAAAUAGACAUUUACCCCUUCACAAACUGAAGGGAGGAACCUCUGCUGUGGUUAAGAAUCAUCAUAUACAGUUUUUUUGUUUUUAUUUUUAUAGAUUUUAUGCUUUAAACUGCUCCUUCCUCCAGGUUUUAUUUUGUA